AUGUCCCGGCUAUGCGAGGUGAGGAGUGGGCUGGCGGCGAUGGUGCUCAGCGACGAGUGGAAGGUGUGGGCAGCGGGGGACAAGGAUAGGAAGACUGCAGCCGAGAAAUUCAGGGCUGCCGUGAUGGAUGAGGAGUGGUGGGGGGUGGCGGCGUUCUUUACCUCUCUCAUGGAGGAGCCAUUCAAGGCCAUGCGGGCCACGGACUCUUCCGCGAAAGGCAUGAUGGGUAAGCUGUAUGACAUGCUACAGCUUACCGAGGACAUCAAUGACAAGCUCGACAAUGCAGGCGACUUCUUGACUCGGGUAGAGAGAGCAGACAUCACACGCAUUGUGAAGGAAGGGGGAGAUGAGCAUGGUGCAGUGGUGGUCGUGGCACAGCACCGAAACGUUGUGCGCAAUUGGUACAACAAGGAUGGGGGCAGCACGGUUGUGCCCGGUAACAUCCCGGAUGCCCCUAUCCUUCGCGGCUACAACAUGGACGCGGAGGAGGAUGACAUGCUGGGAGCGGAAGGAGAGGAUGCAGUUCAGGCGGAUGAGUAUGGGGAAGGGGUGGUGGUGGAAAAGCCCCGCAAGGAAAUAGGUUUUGGGGAAGCUUGCUAG